AUGUCCCAAGAAUUUCAUUUUCCGAUUGAACCUUCACUUUUGCGCGUUGCGCAACCCCUACUCCCGAGGCCGGCAGGAAGUAGUCAAGCCACUGCGCCGAGCACCCUCUCACAGCUGGACAACAGCAGUCAAUAUUCUAGCCAAUCUGGAAGUAAAAGAUGGACCAACGAGGGCAUUGAACUUUUGAUCGAUUGGUUUGGGUCUGAUUUGCGUAACCUUGAGCUGUACAAAACCAAAGCCAAGGAUGCGUUAAGCAAAAUAUCCAAAGAGGUAUUUGACGGGAAACGGUCUGCUAGAGCAAUCAAAGGCAAAUGA